CUUGGAUACAUUUUACAGGCUCUCAGACAACAUGACAUCAAAGAAGACGACACUUCAGUGAGGAGGUUUCUCCACCGAGACACAGACAUGUAUCGGAUGGAUGCAGAGGUCAUAGUGACUUUCUCAGACUUUGAGAAGAUGGAGCGAAUAUGUUGCAUCCUGCUGGAAAAGCUAGACAAGAGCGUUUCUGUGGGGACACCAGAGUUCUACCACAGCGCUGAAUGCCUGAGUCAAAUGAGGCUGCGUGCCUGUGUGUCUGCAGUCGAGAAUGCUCAGAUGAAGGCCAGCAAAGUCAGUCAGCUCCUGGGACAAAGUCUGGGACCCCCUCUGCUGGUUAGAGAGGACGAAACCAAAGAGUGGAGGAACAAUGAGGACAACGGUGGUGGGGAGCAGGGGUCUGCAGCCCCGUCUCACUUUCCCAUCUUACCUGCAGUCACUGCUUCCUCGCAGGUGUCCGUCUCCUUCAGCCUCAGAGACACGAGCAGGAAAAUGAGAUGACAGAUGUAAUGCUUAAAAAAAAGUAGUUUUAAUUCAGCCAACACUUUCUUGAAAUAAAAAAAUAAUUUUAUUUUGACUUUAAAAGCAAUUUAAAGAAU